CGGAGAGGUGUGCUGGGCGGAGGAGGCGCAGUAGCCGAGAGGCUGCCGCAGGCUGGAAAUGUUUCUUGUGAAAAAAACAUGACCGCUCCAUGCAGAAAUGUGGACAUUGUUAGUUUUUCUGAACCUGGGGGUCCUGCACUGUACAGUCUCCUCAACUCCUCCCAGCCCCAUCAAUGUCGUCUUCUCCUCAGUGAAUUUGAGGAAUGUACUGCAUUGGUCCCCAGGAAACAGCACACCGGAGGACACACACUUUACGGUGCAGUAUGCCAUCUACGGGGACAGCGUGAAAGGAAGUAAAGGACGACAGAUUAACUGGAGGGCGGUGCGGCAGUGUACAGAAAUAGUGCGCAGCUGGUGCGAUCUGAGCAAUGAGACGUGGGAUCAGGAGCAGGGAUACCACGCCAGAGUUUGUGCUGUGGGCAAGAGAGCAUCUUCCAAAUGGGCCAUGACACACAGGAGAUUCGAUCCAAAGUCCGACACUAGUUUUGGUCCUCCGCUGGUCUCUGUGGAAAUAGAGGGCAAUAAUGCCAUCAUCACUCUGAAGGGACCAGUGAGAUAUCAGCCUAACAACCAAACCCCGGUGGGUUCCAUGGCUACAUUAUACCCCCAGAUGACUUACAACCUCUCAGUCCACAAUAUCCGUCGCGGCCAGAUAGAUCAUUUCCAAGUGGUCUCUAGUCCGUACAAAUAUCCGCUGAUGGAUCACAAAACAGAGUACUGCUUCUCUGCCAAGACAAGAUUCCUCUCCAUGCCUGUUCAAUGCCUGUCCUCAGCAUGGCACUGCAUAACAUCGCCUCAAGACCCUGUGAUUGCACAGAUGCAGAGGGUGGUUUGGGGCAUUGUUGCUCCAUCUUUGUGCAUGUGUGUGCUUAUGGUGGUUGGCUACUUUCUCCGUAACUACCUGAUGGGGAAAGGACAGAAGAGCCCAUAUAUACUGAACCCACCUUCCUUUCAACCUCCCCUUAUGACUUUCUCUCCUGAGAAUUUCAACCUCAUCCUCAUCAGUGUCAUCAAAGACGAGCCAGGAUCAGAGACUGACAACGCCAGAACAGACCCUGCAUGCCCCAAGCGGCAGCAACACAACGCAGAUCCCCCACCGAGGUACUCCCCCCAGAGGCCCGAAGCACCCUCAGAGCUUGAUGAUUUGUCCAUUGACUAUGGAUUUGUUGGAGUAGCUCCUAAAAUCGAUGUCAUCGGAGAAGGAGACAGUUAUGAGAACAAUGAGUGGAGAGCUGAGGAUGGUCACUCAGCUGGAGUUUACGCUCCUCGGGCAAAGUCCUACCUCUCGCAGAUGUCAACCCACACAUGCACGCAAACACACAUGCCGAUACACUCACAGACACAUUCACGGUCAGAGAAGUGCACACUUGUACAGGCGCAGCCAUGGUCACACUUAAAGUCAGUUUUACUGACCCAAAUUCAGGGAUCAUUACCAUCUUUUCAGGGAGCAACUAAGAGAGAGGUCGACAAAGAGGAGGAGGACAGAGAGUGUCGAGGUUUAUGUCUAAAUAAAAACCCGCAAACUGGCCUCUACCAUGUUCCUGUAAAUCUACAAGCAAAGAAGGAAGUAGGAAGGGUGGAAGAGAUGGACAGAAAGGUCAGAGUAAGAACAGAUGGAAAGAUAGAUGGAGCAGUCAAGGAAGGAGGUGAGAGUGAUCAAGUAGCCCUUCUUUCUGCUUAUAUCCCCCAGAGCAUCAAAUACACACCUACUUCCCACCCUGAACUAUCAGAUUUCUUACAAAAUGACUAUGGUCUAGCUACAGCACACAGUAUAGAGGAAGAUGAGGAGGAGGAGGAGGAAGAGGGAACUCAUAUAAUCUGGGAUCCUGAAACUAGGAAACUAGUUCUGCCAGAGAUGGCGAUGGAGUUCAGCAAGGAGGGGGGGUUGGUUGGGUCGAUGCAGGGAGAGGAAGGGAGUCAGGGCAGGAUGGAAGGAGAGGAGGAGGAGGUGAAAGCUGUGAAGGGCAAGUUGAAGUGGGACAAUGUGUUUGUCACUCAAGCAUCUGAGGAAGAGGCAGAGGCACUUAGAGAGAUGGAGAGAGGUGGGGAAACAGGGUGGGAGGAGAAUGAUAUUUUGAACAAAUGGAAUUUGGUAAUCUCAAUGGACCAGUAGAUGAUAUUCAUCUAUAUACUUACCCCAUUCUUACAAAAAAUGCUCUUCUGCACUUAUCAUUAAAUAUCAUUAUGCAAAAGCAUGACCUAUCAGUUUUAUUUGAAUACACAUGUAAUAAUAUCAAAAUCUUAGGAGCACUUAGUACUGUAGUAGGGUUCUCCGAAACUAGCAUCAAAAUACCAAAUGAUGGGUUUUGUUUUUUUUUGUGAACAGUUUGGUAAACCUGGCAAAUGUUUGUGACAAUAAGCUCUUCCUGUGUUUUCAGGUAGUACAAAAACCCUGUGAAGAAAAUUAACAUUGGUGGUUUCUGUUACUUCUUCAGUAUGUUGUGAUAUUCUAUGUGACCACAGUUUACAAUAGAUAUUCCUUGACUGUACUUAUGUGUUGACUUGAUAAGAGUGAUUAGCAGUAGUAGUUGUGGGUAGUUUUGGUUUUGGUUUAGCAUCACCCUAUCCCUGUUUUAGUUCCAGGUAAAGCACUUAAAUUGUUCUUGUUGAAACACCUUUGGACAGUAUUUGUUUGUAUGCUGGUGGUAAAUUGGGCUGAAUCAUAAUGUAAUUCUUCAUUUUUCUUUUUGAAGGAAACGCUGAUUGUUAGAGGAACAGGAGGUUUUUCUUCGUGAUUAAUGUGUUGAUACACCGUCUGAUGAAGGCAGAGCUACAGCACUUUAGUCUUUAUUCUUUUAUCUAAUUCAGGUUUUAUACGAAUAAUGGAGCUGCCUGGCCCAUAGUGUCAGUUUUCUCUCUUUGUACUAAAAAAAAAGGGACAAUCAGUCAAUAGUAAUUUUCUGCAUUUUAUUUUGGUUCUUUUCUUAACCUUUUUCUGUCUGCAGGAAAAAAAUAGCAUCACUUAGUCAUCUGGUUUUUCUAUUUUUGUAUGCUACAUAGUUUGUUCGUUUUGAGCUGAGAUGUUCAGAAGCUUGCUGGGAUAUUUUAUUUUAAGUUAUCCCACUUUACUUUUCAAUCUACUAUCAGUUCUGCAUUCCAUCAGCAUCAACACAGGCUUAAAAUAAAAAUGAAGAAUAUUUAAUAAUUAAAGCACAGUAAAAAAAAAACAACUUUAACUUCACUUUUGUACCUUUGUUAUUCAGAAGAAUGCCACAUAAUUUAUGUACCACCAUGUAACAAUGAAGGGAAAUAAUUAUGGUCUUUUGUUAGUGUUUUUCCUUUUUCUACACCUCUUUUUGUAGUUCUGUCCAUAUGAAGUUAUAACUACUCAAAAUGAUUUAUACUGUAAUUUACUGUACAAUCUCUUCCUGUGAACUGGUGACCUGCAUGUAUCCAAUGAUACAGGAAGGGGGAAUUCUGAAAACAACUCAGGUUAUCUGCAAUAUGAUGAUAAGUUUGAUGCCGUGCAUGAAGGUGUAAACAUUUUUUUUAAAUGGUUUUACUGUGGGAAAUAAAAAACUGAUAUUUUUAUAUGUUCCCAAGAAAUAAUACCAAUAAUGUGAACUUGUUACAUCGAUUCUGCUCUGCUGUGUUUAUAAAGGUAAAGGCUAAGUGACCAGUUUUUUUUUCUUUCACUUAGAGUAUUGUACACUUACCAGGUUUCGCAUAUUCUCAGGAUGACUCUAUAGCUUUACAAUGUUCACAUACUUAAGAAAAUGUCUGCAUGCCGUGACCGACCUUUGUUCUGUACUAUGUUUGACUUCUAUUCCUGAUACCUGCCUCUACAAGUUGAAA